CCGCCUCUCGCCCCUAGCCACCGCGCGCCUCCGCGGACACGCACUUCCUGCGAGGCCUCUGCGCGCACCUUAGGCGAGCCGAGCCGAGUUGAACCCUGCCCUGCGCUUGCGAGCUGUUCGCCAUGGUGGACGAGCUGGUGCUGCUGCUGCAUGCGCUCCUGAUGCGGCACCGCGCCUUGAGCAUCGAGAACAGCCAGCUCAUGGAACAGCUGCGGCUGCUGGUGUGCGAGAGGGCCACCCUACUGCGCCAGGUACGUCCGCCGAGCUGUCCGGUGCCCUUCCCCGAAACUUUUGACGGCGAGAGCUCCCGGCUCCCCGAGUUUAUCGUGCAGACGGCGUCUUACAUGCUUGUCAACGAGAACCGAUUUUGCAACGACGCCAUGAAGGUGGCAUUCCUAAUCAGCCUGCUCAUCGGGGAAGCCGAGGAGUGGGUGGUGCCCUACAUUGAGAUGGAUAGCCCCAUCCUAGGUGAUUACCGGGCCUUCCUCGAUGAGAUGAAACAGUGUUUUGGCUGGGAUGACGACGAAGAAGACGACGACGAAGAUGAAGAAGAUGAUUACUAGGCCCGGAGACCCUCGGGCCUAGGGGGGAGGGCCCUGCACGCCGCCACCUCCCCCCUCCCCGCCUUGCCCCGCCCGGAGCCGCCGCGCUCCCCUAGCGCUCAGAUCCCCUUCCCUACCCCUGCCUCUGGUUGUCUUCCUCCUCCCCCCUCCUCCCCCCCUCCUCCCCGUAGUGCUUGUCUUUGUUCCGGGGAUAGUGCUCCAGUUACCUGCUGCUGAGGCUGGGGCCUCUCUCUGAAGUGCGCUGCCUCCCACUGGCCAGCCCCAGGACCCUCUCCUGCUGACUUGAACUGUGUUCUGAGCCCCAACUCUAGGCCAGGCCCCUGUUACCAACUGGACUACGCACAGCUGUGCCGCACAGCCCUGCCAACUGUCAGGCCUACAUCUUGCCCAGAGACCUACGCUGCCACGUAAGCACCCUCCACCACAUUACAGCGACAGACCAGGCCUUUGGAGAUAAGUAGCAACCUAGAAGAUGCCUUAGUUGGCUACACCUCCUGGGACACUGGUUUGGACUGCUCACCAACUUCCCCCAAGGGGCUAAUCUUUCAAGCUGGUUAGUUCCCUGCUAACGCCCAAGGCCUUCUCCUGCCUCACCAGAUUGCUGCAGGAGCCUGUUGUGCCUGGCAGCCAAAUCGUUGACAUUUCUCCUAUGCACCAGUUUUGCACAACUGUCAUUUAUCUUUCAAAAUUGCAGCAAUCCCACAGAUGUGUGCAUUUGGACAAAAAUACUAAAAACAAAACAAUACAAACAAAAGCAGGCACUCAGCCCAGCUCCUCAGUACUACCUGGAAAAAGCAUUUGCAUUCUUUUCAAUAAAUAUCAAGCACUACAAAAAAAGAGUCUUUUUUAAUGGUUGAGGGCUGUCAUUGGCCUCUGCCACUCACCCUGACUCCCAUAUUCUCAUUGAUAUCAGGGAACCUAGUUCAAUCCCAGUAUUCCCCACUGUCAUGUGUAGGCUACAGAGGACAGCUAACAUAGGGCUUUAUGGGGAAUCUGGUACUCCCCUCACCAAAGCAUUUCUUGCAGCCCUGGUGAAGGGGGUGUCCUCUGGGGCUUCCAAGAUGACAUGGGUAAGCUGUGGCUGAGCAGGUGGCACACCAUCCCAAACUGGGACACUUUUGAGAGAGCUUAAAGGGGACACUAUUAAUUAUUAGACUGGGACAGCAGGCAUAAAUCAGGACACACAAUAUUCCUGUCUUCCUGAGCUUUUGGGUUCUUCCUCAACACGGCAAGUUCUGCCCCUUAACCCUUAGUGCCUGUGGGGUGCUAUUGAGUUCAGGCUUCAUUUAACAACGUAGCACAUUGUUUUAAUACCCCUUUGAGGUGCUUGAGCUAACAUUAAAUCCUAGAUCCUGGGUAAAUGCACCCAUAAUAAACAGAACCUGACUUGAACAUUUCAUCUUCCUUGGGCAGAUACCCUUAGAAUCCCCACCCAUCCAUGUGCCCCAGAUUCCAGCCUGUAGAAAUUGACAAUAUGCUUGGCUAUCUCCUGAACUAGAUCUUAUACUGCUAUCUGAGCUAUGCUGAGAUUUCUUUGUGGGCCUGGAUGGCUCGGAGGCACUAAGGGAGUGGGGUGAGUGCUGAGAAGAAGCUGCAUACCUUUGUGAGGCAGUUACCCCAGGUUAAGUCACUGAAAUGUUAAAUCAGGGAAGCUCGGUUAGGGGAUUUGUGGGGCCUAUCUCUGCCAGCCAGGAGCUGUCAGGAGCAUUUGGGAGAUGCCGAGUUCUCAUUCUUAUCUCUAUCUGCCCCCAUGUCUUUAUUGUACCACGUCUGGAGCCAGCUCUACCUUAGAACCUCUAAUUAAUUUAGGUAAUAAAUUUUCUUGUUGAUUAAGA